AUGUUCGAUUUCGACAGCUUGGAUGAGGCGGAGAUUAGAUCUCAGGCGCCCGUCCGCGCGCAAGCAGCGGCAAGGCCAGUCCCGGUCCGGGUCUGCCGCCUGGAGGGCGGUGUGGCCGUCAGCAUUUUCCAGGAAGGGGACCCGCAGAAGCUCCCGGUCAAGUCCCUGGAGAUCGACUACGUGGGCCGCCUCCCGAGCGGCUGCAGCUUCGACUGCUCUGCAGGCAAGGGCCAGCCGCCAAUGAAGGUUGAGCUGGGCACGGGCGGUGCCAUCCCAGGCAUGGAGCUCGGCCUCAGAGCUCUAUCGCUUGGCGCCGUGGCGGAGAUCAGAAUCCCGGGGAACCUAGGAUAUGGCGAGAGAGGCAUACCGAAGAUGAUUCCUCCCAACUCGGAGCUGCUGUUCGAGGUGCAUGUGCUGGCCGUGGACGGCCAGGGCGGCCCGCAAAGGAGACGUCCGAGCCGCCUCGCGGCCCCCUGGAGGACCAGGCGGGCCGGGGGCGAGCUGCCCGCCGCGCGCGAGGGGAGAGCGCCCAGGGGGGGCUGCUGGCCUGCGGCGCUGCUUCGCCGAUCUCCUCGAGGACCCGGCGGGCUCGCCCGCCCGAGAGCGGCGCCGCACGGCCCGCGCGCCCUCGGAGGGCCCCUCGCGCCACUGGCUGGGACCUCACCGGCGGUGCGGCCAUCGUGA